AUGCGGGUCCCGCUGCGCUCCGCGCCCGCGCUGCUGCUCUGCGCCCUCGCCCUGCUCCGCCUGGGCUGCGCCCCGACCCGCGCCCCGACCCGCGCCCCCACCCGCGCCCCCACCCGCGCCGCGCCCCGCGCCCCGCCGCGCUGCCCCCCGCUGAUGCUACAGCUGCUCCGCGCCCCUCCCGCCCCGCUCCGCGCCGCCGCCGCCGCUGCCCUCAGCCUCUCCCCGCACGGCUCCCUGCAGAACGGCUCCCGCUGGGCGCUCUCCUUCGACAUGUCCUCCCUCUCCAGCAGCCAGGAGGUGAAUCUGGCCGAGCUCCGUGUCCGCCUGCCCGGUCUCUCUCCAUCCCGCGAUGUCUCCCUGGACAUCUACCACAGCCAGCGGCGGAGGUGCCGGGCCGGCGGGACCUGUGCCCACCAGCUCUUCCUAGGCACUGUGGCUGGCAGCCCCUCUUCCACCCAGGCCUCCUGGAAAGUCUUUGAGGUCACCAGCCUGCUCCGGUCCUGGCUCCACCAAGCUGUGGCCCCUGGGCACCGCGGUCCCAUGGGAAGGGAGCGGUGGGAGACAAGCGGGUUGGCCACUGCCACGACACACUUGCCCACCUCAAGUGACACUGGACACGGGGAGCCUGCCCUGCCCCAGGAUGUGAUGGACAGAGUCCUGCUGCUCAUCUUCUCCAGGGACAAGUCUCCGGGAGACCACAGCCUCAUCAGGACAGCAGAGACCUCCAAACACGUCAUGCGUGACAGCGACUCCCAGGGCAUGGGGACCCGCCGGCAUCGCAGGAACAGGAAGGAGAAGCAAAGGAUCAAAGUGAGCGAUGCUGCCACUGCCAUCCCUGGGGAGGAGGGCAGGUCCUUGUGCAGGAGGGUGGACAUGAUGGUGGAUUUCGAGCAGACAGGCUGGGGCAGCUGGAUCGUCUACCCCAAAAAAUACAAUGCCUACCGGUGCGAAGGGCAGUGUCCGUCGCCUGUGGACGAGACCUUCAAGCCUACCAACCAUGCCUACAUACAGAGUUUGCUGCAGCUCUACAAGCCCAACCAGGUGCCCUGCCCCGCCUGCUCCCCGAUCAGGAUGAGUCCCCUGUCCAUGCUCUACUAUGAGAAGGGCGAAAUUGUCGUCCGCCACCACGAGGACAUGAUCAUCGAGGAGUGCGGCUGCAACUGAGGCCAGCUCAUCCCCUGCCGGGAAGGGGAGCAUCUCUGCCCAGAAACUGGCCCUGAGGACUGGCCGCCUAACCCACGACCAACGCGCAGACCGGGGUGUCGCUGAGCCCCUGCCACCUCCGAAUCCUGUGUGCCCACGCGUUGGCGAAGCUCUGGCUGUGCCAGGGGAGAAGGAGUGGGGUGCCCAGGCGUUAGCGGCUCUGCAGCGCUGUGUGGCCACAGUAAACGGACGGAUCCGGGCUACGCGUGGGGAAGGCCAUCGGGCACCUCGCUGCAGCACUGAGGUGGUGGGAGCCUCACGGCUGCAUUUAGCCACGAGUUGUGGUGCUGGUGGCUGCUGUGCGCCGGGGCAGCCAAGGGCUGGUGCUGCUCCACAGGGGCCGGAGCCAGGGCGGGGGGCUGGAGCCGUGGCAGCAUCACUCCCUGCCCCAACACACUGCGCAUGGCAAUGCUCCUUUUGCCCACGACAGGUAUCGCUGGUAGCCUCGGGCUCUCGGCAGGACGCUGCAGCACUGGUGUUCACCCACACUGAGCAUCUGCACCAUCGGGAUUUUCAAUCUGCCCCAGGGUUUAGGCAUUUCUCUUAAGAGUUCUAUUAUAUUUCUAUAAAACUCUAUCAGAUUUCUAUUAGAAUUAAGCCAAGUUAAUGUGUUAGCCCAGUGUCCAGAGCCCCCACCCAGCAGCUCCACGUGGGCAGCAGCAGGCAGGGGUUCAUCUCAGCCUGCUCCUGCCCUGAGCUGCGGGGCUGAGCACAGCCCUGGGAGGGAUGGCUGGCUGGCAGCAGGCAGCAAGGCAGCGGCCUCCAUCGAUACACUCCUCACCCAGGACUACGCAGGGAAUGAUGCAAAGGACCUGGAGCUCCCUCAUCCCUCUCGAAAGCAUCAUCCAUUCACCAAGAGCCAGAGAGGGUUUGCACAGGCAAGUGAGGUGCCCUGGAAAUAAGGCAGCCCCAAGGUCGGUCUCGGUGGAUCUGAGCCCCACCAGCCCUCCUACCUGCCCUGAACAUCUCAGCUCAUGUGCUGCUUUCCUCUGUAAAACGACAGCUUUGCUCAAAGUUUUUCCACCACUCGCUGGAUGACGUGGUAGUGAAAGGGUCGUGGU